GUCCCUGUAUGCACUGAGCGGAGCGAACUGACAGCACAGGCUGAGACGUGGUGACCAAAGUAGUUGCCAUGGAGUUGCGCUGAGUUACUCUCAGGUAGUGGGACACCGAGGCUGGAGGGGAAGCGACUGCGGCUUUCUUCAUCCCAGCAUUUCCAUUUUAACAGGGAACAAUCCCUGAGCUCAAAGGAAUGAAGCCCUAAGGCCUCAGUGACAGGCUGAACCCAGAAUUCUAGGGCCCAUGCUUGUACCUGAUGAAUGAUGGCCUGAACUAUGAGCAGACGGUACUAUAUGAACACUUCGGUGCAGGAGCCUCCUCUUGACUACUCCUUCAGAAGCAUCCACGUGAUCCCAGAUCUGGUAAGUGAGGAGCCAAGGACAGGUCUACGACCAGUGAAGCACUCCAAGUCAGGAAAGUCACUGACCCAAUCUCUGUGGCUCAACAACAAUGUCCUCAGUGACCUGAAAGACUUCAGCCAGGUGGUUUCACAGCUUCUGGAGCACCCAGAGAACCUGGCCUGGCUCGACCUGUCCUUCAAUGACCUGACUUCCAUCGACCCUGUCCUAAUGACGUUUUUCAACCUGAGUGUCCUUUACCUUCAUGGCAACAGCAUCCAUCGCCUGGGGGAGGUGAAUAAGCUAGCUGUCCUCCCCUGUCUCAGGAGCCUGACCCUCCAUGGGAACCCCAUAGAGGAAGAGAAGGGAUACAGCCCAAGUUUUCCCCACAGGCAGUAUGUGCUGUGCAACCUGCCCCGUGUCACCACAUUCGACUUCAGUGGGGUCACCAAAGCAGAUCGCACCACAGCGGAAGUCUGGAAACGCAUGAACAUCAAGUUAAAGAAGGGCCAGAACAAGAAGGACAUACUCUGAGAUUCGCAGGACUCCAGCUCUCCUAAUGCCCUGAAGAUGAUCAACUUGGUUUAACAAUAAAUGAUUUGAGUUGUUCAGCA